GGGGAAUUGCUGUAGCUGCGUGGAAAAGGUAACUGCAUUAAACAGACAUGUCCUGCGCAACAUCCUGAAAGCAGGCUAGUUAACAUUUACCUAAAUAUGAAGUUAUAACCUCCCACGCAUGCACUUAACCAAAGCAACAGGACAGCACCGCCGGCGCUUAUCACUGUGAUGCAGAUAGGCAUCGUGUGUGUUUGAUUUUGUAUAGCAAGCUUGCGACAGAGCCAAAGAGGUGGAGACAUGGAGACAAAUUUGCAGAAGAGGCGUGAGAGUAAGAAAUCGUUGCGAGUGAAAGUGAUCAGCUUGGGAAACGCAGAAGUGGGUAAGAGCUGCAUCAUUAAACGAUACUGUGAAAAAAGGUUUGUCUCCAAAUAUCUGGCCACUAUCGGAAUCGACUAUGGCGUUACAAAAGUUCAAGUGCGGGAGAGAGAGAUGAAAGUGAAUAUUUUUGAUAUGGCGGGACACCCAUUCUUUUAUGAGGUGAGAAACGAGUUUUACAAAGACUCUCAGGGGGUGAUCCUGGUGUACGACGUGGGCCUGAAGGAGAGCUUUGAUGCGCUGGACAGCUGGCUGGUGGAGAUGAAACAGGAGAUGGGCUCCUACACCAACAUGGAGAGCAUUGUCUUCGUUGUGUGUGCCAACAAGGUGGAUCUGACGAAGCGGCGAGUGGUGGACGAGAGUGAGGGUCGACUUUGGGCAGAGAGUCGCGGUUUUCAGUACUUUGAGACAUCAGCACAGAGCGGAGAGGGCAUCAGCGAGAUGUUCCAGGCAUUCUUCUCCUCCAUCACGGACAUGUGUGAGAAUGGGGGCCGGCGGCCGGCCGCGGGCCUCAGCGCUAGCUUCACACGUGAGCAGGCGGACACCAUCCGCCGGAUCCGCAGCAGCAAGGACAGCUGGGACAUGCUGGGGGUCAAACCGGGGGCCACCAGGGAGGAAGUGAACAAGGCGUACAGGAAGCUGGCCGUGCUGCUGCACCCGGACAAAUGCGUGGCGCCGGGGAGCGAGGAUGCCUUCAAAGCUGUGGUGAACGCCCGCACCUCCCUGCUCAAAAGCAUCAAAUAGCCUCUCCCUCACCCACGUCGCAUGUCCACCGCGGUGCCCCACGAGGGAUUUGGGGGGGGGGGGGGCGUGGCCGAUGUGCGUGCCGCAUACCGGGGUCUGUGUCUCACUCAGUGAUGCUCUUUACUACACAGAUGGUACACAGACAUAUUAUAAGCCUUCUGCCUGCACAUAUAUCACAUACACACUGCACUAAAUGUCCUCAUCCAUCUGCACUCCUGUUUCAGUGUUUACAUGAAGGAACUGCACCGUAAGUCUGGGCGUAUUGGAUGAGUUAAUCAAGAGAUCUGUUUGUGUCCAUUUCUAACUGGAAAGGCACACUGGAAUUAUGCUGCAUUCUCAUAAAAAUGCCUUACAAACACACUCAAUGUCUUAUAUGUGACUUAUAUGUCAUUUAUCUAAUCAAUGUUGUUUGGUAAGUGUAAAAAAUGUUAUUAACAUGACUAACAUGUUAAUAUUUAUAUAACAAAAUAUAUUUGCUAAUUUGCUUCUUGGGUAAUAUGUAAACAUUUGUCAAAAAUUAGACAAUGAGCGGUCAGUAAGCCCUGUGUAUUACGAUGGUUGGCGGAUUUGGUGAUCAGUCUUUAUGAAUGUUAUUUGUUAUGUAACAGUCCUAUAUUAGUCUGGCAGAAAUAUGUCAGAAAUGUAUCUGUGAAUGUGUCUAUUCCCUGUUAUGCAUGUGUGUCGGUGUAAAGCCAGGAUUUCUUUGGAGAACCUGAAGCCAAUGGCUCAGUUGUUGGAAUCUGCUGGCUCUCUGUUGAUGUUUGAUGUUCAUAUUCCUGUUUACACACCUGUACCCAGAGGUGGACAUUUCAGGACCAGAAAGUAAAAAUCCAAACCAGGAUUUUGU